AUGGAGGAUGCAACAAAGAAUAAGACAACACAAAGCUUUGUCACCUGUGUCUACGAAGCCAAGGUUGCAGAUUUUUCACGCAAUGUAACCGUAACUUGGUCGAAGAACCUCACGAGCCAAACCCUUAACAUCUCAGUGGAAAACCGUUCUGGUGAAAACCAAUGCAAUUGCAAGAUUGAUCUUAAGACAUGGCAAUUUUGGGGCAGCAAAGGUCUAAAAUCAUUCAUAAUUGAUGGUCAGCGUGUGGACAUUUUCUGGGAUUUUCGCACUGCAAAGUUUUCUGGUAGCCCUGAGCCUUGUUCGGAUUACUAUGUUGCCAUGGUAUCAGGAGAAGAAGUUGUCUUAUUGUUAGGCGAUAGGAAGAAAGAAGCCUUUAAGAGAAGUAAGUCAAGGCCAUCCUUGGUCGAUUCUGUGUUACGUCAUAAGAAAGAAAAUGUGUUUGGAAAGCGAUGUUUCUUCACCCGAAGCACAUUAGGGAUGGCGAGAAAAGAGCACAACAUUGGCAUAGAGGCCUCUUUAUCUGGGCCUGGCGACCCUGAACUGUGGAUAAACUUGGAUGGGAUCUUGCUAUUUCAUGUUAUGAACUUACAUUGGAGAUUUCGGGGAAAUGAGUCUGUGUUGGUGGAUGACAUGCCAUUGCAAAUCUUUUGGGAUGUGCAUGACUGGUUGUAUUCAACCCCAAAUUCAGGGCAAGGUUUCUUCAUCUUCAAGCGAAGUACGACAGAAGGGGAACUUACAAGCAAUCCAGAUGCUAGAGUUUUAUGUGAUGAAGAGUCUGGAGAUGCUUUUGAGUUUUGUCAUCUCUUGUAUGCAUGCUUGGAAGGUUGA